AAGCCCGUACACGACGAGAGUUAUGGAAGAAGAUUUCUUUAUCAAAUCACCAUUGAUAUUUAUGCCGCACAUUUUCUGCUGACUAGAGCUUAUUUUUUACUCGAUCAUUAUUCAAGGAACCCAAAAAUAAUGCUUUGAAAAAUCCCCUGUUUAGAGUCUCGGACUCCCUGUGGAUUUCAGUAGUUCCUCGUGUGUUUAAAGUUGAAGAGUUGCAUUGAAUUGUUUAUAUGGUCUCUUUUUCGCUAGAAAUUGCACUUCAAGACUUUAAAAACUACUCUGUUGGAUCUUUUACACUUUAUAGUGUGUGAUAUGUCUUCAAAACUCGUCAAGAAAGGACUAGAUUUCAUGCUCUCUUUGGAUAAACCUAAGAAAACGCUGAAAACAAAGUCAAAGAGCAAGAAGUCUUCAAAGAAACACGAACAGAAACGCAAAGACAAAGUUUCUAGGGGCAGCAGAACACUCAGUGAUGUAUUCUCCGCAACUCAUGCCAAAAAGAAAAAGAAAGAUGAAGACUUCACCGAACAGAACUUGAAGUAUUUCCUUGCUUCCGCCUGGGAAAUCAAGAGAGAAACUAAAGAUAAGAUUGUUCAACACAAAGACAAACAACCCAAAGAAAUUAGGAAUCAAGAUGAAGCAGAUGGUGAUUUUGAUUUCUGAAGGUGGCUAAUUUGUAUGGGAGGCUACUUUGAGCUCUGAUCAAGGAUAUUCAAUGUGGUUUUACCGGAUAAAGCAUAUGAUAGAUAUGAGCUCUGAUAAAGACUAUUUGAUGUGGUUCUACCUAAUAAAUCAGAUGAUAGAUAUGAGCUCUGAUAAAGACUAUUUGAUGCAAUUCUACCUGAUGUCCAAAAGAGGGUCUGAAAACUGAUUUGCGAUUUAACAACAACAACAAAAACAGAGGAUUUGGACAGUUAUUGUGAUAAGGGAUUUAAGUUUUGAUUUAUGGCUCAGUUAUUUACCGGAAGCUGUCCUCUUGCUUCCCAUUUUUCUUACUGCAAUUUUAAAUAUACUCUCGUCAAUAAAUUUCAACUGCUUAUCUGCCUUUUGGCUUCCGUCAUUCAAAUCAGCAUAACAGAAUUACAUUUGUUGCUUUUGGAUUGGUCAGAGCUUCAUGUAGAGGUGACUUGAUGGGAAACCAUUAAACUGCUGACCAAUGAAAACGCAACAAGGAUUUUGAAUGACGGAAGCCAGAAUGGAAUUCAGCUGUUGAAAAUCAUCUGCAAAAGUUCACAAAUGAUUAAAAACUAACAGUGAUGACUCUUAGGCUGAUUUGUGUGCCACUGUUUUGGUUUCAUCUGAAUACUGAAAUAUCUUGGAAUUUUUGUAAAGUAUUACUAUCUAUAUAUUAUUUUAUGUUUAGCAAUGGAAUAGCACACAUAGAUCGAGACCUAUUAACAUCUGUAUAAGUAAACAGGUAAAAAUGUUUAGAGCAUGUCUUUGUUCUGUUAAUCGUGGCAACAACAUUCAGCACUUAUAUUUUUUGUAAACAGGUCAGAAUUUUUCCUGGAUCGGCGCCUGGAAUUGAACCAAUUUUAUUGUAAGAUGUGUGGAAUUUCACAGUGGUUUUAGUUGAUCUAGUUCGAAGUUCAUUUUUUAUCAUAAAUCAUAAAUGUAGAGUUUAGGACAGAUAAAUAAUGUGAAAUGAGCGACAA